AUGGGUCGCAAGGUUUGGGCGGCGGUGAAAAAGAAGUUUAAGAAACUUCUACCAAAGCGUCAAGGUAAGAGUUUUUUUAGCUUAUCAUUAGGGUCUUAAAAUUAAUUUUAGACGAGAGGGCAUUUUUGCAAUUUUUUAAAUUUAAUUUUGCCGUUUUUAAAAAUUUUUUAAAAAUUUUUUGUAACUAUGAUCGUAUUUUACACUAUUUUUAAUGUUUGGAAGUUUAGAGGAGAAAAAAAAGGAUGAGAAUCUUACCAAUCGGAAACCGUCGUUUAAUGAAGAUCCAGAAGAUUCGUCAAGAACGGAACCUAUUGCAUCAACUAAAGGGAAAAAGGUAAACAUUAUUUUGUAAUUUGUUUUUUUAAACGUCAAAAGGAGAGCAAGGUUUUGGGCUAGGACUUUGGGCUAGGGCUCUAGACUAAGGUUCUGAGCUAGGGCUUGUAGCUAGGACUCUGGGCUAGGGCUCUAGGCUAGGGCUCUGGACUAAGGUCCUGAGCUAGGGCUUGUAGCUAGGGCUCUGGUCUGGGAUUCUGGACUAGGGCUCUGGGCUAAAGCAGUGGGCUAAGGCUCUAGGCUAAGACCAGACCUAAAGCUAGUUUUAAAUUGUAUGAAAUUUAGGAAAAGUCGUCGAAGAAGUCGAAAUCCACUAGCCGGAAGAAAUCAACUCAUUCUGCUUCUAAAUGUGAAACCACGAAGGCUCAAUCCGCUAUCUUUGUUGGCUCUAAUGCGAUACACCAGCCGGGAAAGAAGAACACUGCCAAACUUAACGUAAGUUAAUAUUAUAUUUGUAAUUUUAUACGUAGAAUUUAGAUAAAAAGUAGGUAUGGUCGGGUUUGGGCCAAAUCAUGGUGAAAUUAGGCAAGAGAAGGACUAAGAUCAGGCAAGGUUAAAGGUUCAAGUAAAUUAAAAGGUACAACACGAAAAAAUAUAGCUCAGAAUUGAGAAUAGAGAUGAUUUAGGUAGAGUAGUAUAUUUAAUGCUCUCUUUAUAAGAUUUAUUACAGGUGCAAACGCCUCAGGACCUUCUUCUUGACCCGUACCCAAAUUUCAGCCAAAGACGCUACAAUUGA